UCGUGAUUAAGCUUAAGAACCACAUUUCCCACAAGGCAUUGCGGUGUUAACAAGGAAAUAGAUUAUGUAAACAAUUCUACUGAUAAGAACCGGCUUUACCUGUAAACGCAACAUUUCUUGUCGACACUAUUUGUGAGGUAUAUUACAUGCAUUUUGAACACGUGAAGUCUUGCUACGCUAACUGAAAACGGCAGCAGAUGCAGCGGGGUGGCCCUUCAUCUCCCAGCUGUUCUUCCUCUGACUUCUUCCCCCUCAGCCAACUCACUACAGCUGAAUGUGGAAGUGAGAGUUCAGCUGAAGCACAGAGACACGAACUGAAAGCAAACAAUCGUCCAAGGGUAAGAACUGCUUUCAGUGUUGCAACAGCCGUGGACAAGCCUACAGAUCCCUCCAGGAUGAGGUCCAUUGUGAUCUUCUACAUGUGCUACCUGCUGUGCCUGGGCCUGGGCCUGGCCUGCGUGGUGUGUGUGUGCGUGUGGAAUAAACAGUGGCGUGGUGGAUUUGCCUGGGAUGGCACGGCCCUGCAGUUCAAUUGGCACCCCGUCCUGAUGGUCACAGGUCUCGUGGUGGUGUACGGUAUUGGAGCUGUGUUGUACCGCAUCCCCCUGACCUGGGGUCAGAAUAAACUCCCUUGGAAGCUGCUUCAUGCUGCACUGAUGCUAAUUGCCCUAGUUCUAUCUAUCGUGGGACUUUGUGCUGUAUUUGAUUUCCACAAUGCCAAAAACACUCCCAACCUGUACUCCUUGCACAGCUGGAUUGGAAUUGCUGCUACAGCUCUUUUCGCCAUGCAGUGGGUAGUGGGUGUGGCUGGCUUCCUCCUGCCCUGGUCACCCGCAUCACUACGUAAACUCCUGAAGCCCAUCCAUGUGUGGUUGGGAGGCAGCAUACUGGUGCUCAGCAUUGCAGCCUGCAUCUCCGGAAUCAAUGAGAAACUCUUCUUUGUUCUUAAAGGAGAUGCCAAUGGAACUCAGCCAUAUACUAACCUUCCACCUGAGGCUCAGUUAGGAAAUGCAUUGGGAGUUUUGAUUGUAGCCUUUGGCUUGGUUGUCCUAAAGGUUUUGUCCCACCAUAAAUGGCAGCGACCAGACUCUCAGCCUGAGGAUAUGACUUACACGCCAUUGCUUCAAGAAGAAAAUGAAUAAUUGGACAUUGCAAAACUGCUCACAGCAUCACACCCUUCCCUGCAAAAUCGCUUCAACUAUCCCAGAUUAAAAGAGGACCAAAAUGUCAUCCUCUGAAUGUAAAAGCAGUUCUCUGGAGUGGGUGAGAAUUAUCUGCAUCUGUAAAUAUUUAUUUGAAAUUAUAUUUAAGAUUGUUUUUUUUUUUUUGUUUUUUUUGCCCAAAGGAAAAUAAAAUCAAAACAGAGGUGAUAUUUCCCUCAGUACACGGUAUAAGCUCUCCCAUGAUGUACUGUAUUGUUUACGUUAUGCAGUAAACUGGAUGGCAAACAUUCUGUACCUGUUGAACUUCAACAUACUAGCAUUGUAAUGUAAACAUGUUAGCAAUUGAGGUGAACAUUGAGCUCGAAGCACUGCAGUGUUGAAGUACAGCGUCAUGGCGUUGUUAAUCUGUUUCUGUAUUUGACUUGAGCAAAAAGAUUUUUCUGAGAGAAAAUAACAAUGGACAGCUUAGAUUUUGCUUGAUUAGACUUUUGAACACUUCUGGGUGUUUCUGACAGAUUUUUGGCUGCUUGUCACUGAAUCCUUUAAACCUGUCUAUCAUUUUGACAUCUUAUUUUGCAAUUUCUCUCAUAUUUUAAGUGUCUAUUUACUUCACAUCAUAUGAUGAAGUGCAACAUGUCACUGAAGAUUCGUUUUCUCCAUCCACACUUGGACUUCUUCCCCACAAAUCUUGGUGCGGUCAGUGAUGAGUGGUGAAAGCUUUCACCAAAACAUUGCCGCACUGGAAAAGUUGUCUCAGGGAAAAUGGAAUCCAUCAAUGGUGGCUGACUGUUGUUGGACAGUGAAACAAGGUGCAUGAGAUAUUGAGCACAAAUGAACAUGACCAAAGAAAGACUUGUAACCCCUUUGAACUUGGGCAUUUACAAUGUUACAACAGUGAAUUAUCAUCUUAGACGUGCCCUAAAGCUCAACAAGUGAGGUGUACGUAUGUUUUAGUACUGUCUCACCCGCGAACCAUUUUUUCUAACAAAAUAAAGUCUUAUGUGAUAGUUUAAGGAUCUCCUUGAAUGGUCAUAAUCUCCAGG